CCCCCCGCUUCCGGUAGCAGCGGACUACCCAGCUGCAGACAUGGCGACAGGCGAGCGGUUGUCAGUGUCCCAUAUGUGGCCAGUAGAGGCCCGGUUGGCGGCGCUGCUUCCUGACCUGCUGGUGUUCAAGAAGCCCCGGGGACCGGAACCCGAGCUCGCCACGGCCCAGGGCGUCCUCCUUGGCGUCCACGUGACGGGGUUUACAGCAUUAAUGGACAGGUUCAGCAUGACCUGCAAGUCGGAACAUGACAUGGACAAACUGGCCCACGUCUUCAGUUAUUACAUUAGUGACAUCGUGGAGCAUGUGCUGUGUUUUGGAGGCGAUAUCCUAAAUAUCACAGAGAAUGUGCUCCUGGCACUCUGGAUGGUGAAACAAAAUCAACUGAGUGACAUCAUUACCUUGGUGGCAAAAUGCAGCCUGGAGAUACAGGAGAAAUUUGGGAUCUACCAUACCAGAGAAGGCCAGGACCUGCAGCUAAAGAUAGGUCUGUCUGCAGGUCAGAUCUCCCAGGUUAUUGUUGGAGAUGAGCAGCGACAGUACCUCUUGGUGACUGGGCAGGAUGUAGAUGAUGUCCAGUUAGCUCAGCGUUUGGCUCAGGCAAAUGAGAUUGUCUUGUCCUGGAACUGCUGGAAGCUCUGUGAGCAGUCCAUGUUUGAAGUGGAAAUCAUGAGGGAGGAUGAAGCUGUGAAGUUAAGAGAUAUUCGGAUCAUUGACCCAUUUGAUUUUGAUGAGCAUUUUGACAAGUGCCUCGAUUACCUGCCACAUUACCGGACAAGGGCUGAUACUUUAAGGACUGCCCUGGAUUUGGAUCCAGACUCUGCACUUGAACAAACUCUGCGGAAGCACAUAAUGAAAAACCUUUUGAAAAAGAUUGAUGAAGGGCAGCCAAUGGAAUAUAUAUCUGAAUUCCGUACCGUGACUAUGGUUUUGGUCAGCUUAGAGUUCCAUAAGUCAGCAUGGAUGUUGCAUUUGUGUCAUCUUAUCCAGGAGGCUGCCCUCUACAUCUCCACAGUCAUAGAGAAAGGAGGUGGCCAGCUGAGCCAGAUCUUUAUGUUUGAGAAAGUCUGCAUGUUCCUCUGCGUUUUUGGCCUUCCUGGGGAUAAGAAGCCAGAUGAGUGUGCACAUGCCCUGGAGAGCUCCUUCAGCAUCUUCAGCUUCUGCUGGGAGAAUCUUGCUGAGACCAAGCUUGUUUCCAUCAGUGUCACCAGUGGACCAGCAUUCUGCGGCAUGAUUGGGGCAGUAGCAAGACACGAAUAUACAGUUAUUGGCCCAAAGGUGAGUCUCGUGGCCAGAAUGAUAACUGCUUAUCCAGGUUUGGUGUCCUGUGAUGAGGUAACAUAUCUAAGAUCCAUGCUACCUGCUUACAACUUCAAGAAGCUCCCAGAGAAAAUGAUGAAAAACAUCUCCAACCCAGGGAAGAUGUAUGAAUACCUUGGCCAUAGAAGAUGUAUAAUGUUUGGGAAGAGACAUUUGGCCAGAGAGAGAAAGAAAAAUCACCCUUUGUUAGACCGGGAGAAAGAACUGGAAGCCUUUCGAAUGGCACAGCAGGAAUGUUUGCACCAGAAGAAGGGGCAGGCAGUUUUGUAUGAAGGUGGAAAAGGCUAUGGCAAAAGUCAGCUGUUGGCUGAAAUAAACUUCCUGGCCCAGAAGGAAGGGCACAGGGUGUUGCCAUUGAAGCUGAAGGAAGCAGAUUUCAAGCAGUGCUUCUAUGCCAUCCAGACCCUCAUGGCCAUCUUCUUUGAGAUUGACACAUGUCCAGCCUAUCACCGCCAAGAGUACCUACACAAACAGCUUCGUGGGAUGGUGGAGGAACCUCUUCAUUGCCUUUUUAAUGACCUCUUCUUUGUGAAGUUUCCCUUAUCCUUCAAAGUUUCGCACAUGGAUGACCUGACCAGACAAAAGAAGGUUAAGGCGUGUUUUUCUCAGGUGCUUCAGGAGGCAGUGAAGGAAACACCGCUAAUUUUCCUCAUUGAUGAAGCCCAGUAUAUGGAUGCAGCUUCCUGGGAGUUUUUGGAAACAUUGCUCUCCUCUCUGCCCAUCAUCAUGGUGAUGACAUUGACCCCUACCAUCACCUUGUGUGACUGUGCCCAGCACUUCCUGCAGAGCUCUCAAGCUGUCCUGGUGCCCAUUUUGAAGUUGGCAGUGACCUCACUGUUGAGAAUGGCAUGUUGGGAACUGGGGGUAGUGAGCAUCCCCCAAGAGCUGCAGAUCUACCUUCUCCACAAGUGCUUUGGAAACCCUCUCUACUGUGGGGUCUUAUGCCGGGACCUUCUCUCUAAAGACAUAUUGCUCUUUCAUGAACUCCGAAAGGAGGAGGAGAACAGCAAGUGGGAGGCCCUCUCAGCCAAUGCCAUGAAAUCCACACUGUUUAGCAUUCCACCUGCUGGCUCCGAGGACCAGGAACUUUAUAUCUGCACGGUCAAGGAUGAUGUGAAUUUGGAUACCAUGCUUCUCCCACCAUUAUUAAAAGAAAUAGCAGUAAACCAGCUGGAUCAACUGAGCCCAGAGGAGCAGCUGCUGGUCAAGUGUGCUGCAGUCAUUGGUCACUCCUUUCACAUAGAUCUGUUGCAGCACCUCCUGCCCGGCUGGGAUAAAAACAAGCUACUUCAGGUGCUGAAGGCUCUUGUGGAUAUUCGUGUGCUCCGCUGGUUCAGCGAGAGUCAAGAGCUUCCUGCCGAGUCAAUAUUACCGCCUGCCUCUGUCAAGAUUAUUGAACAAACCAAAGAGGAGAAAAAGAAAGAGUCCGAUGCGGGCGCUCCUCUCAGGCCUCAAGAGGAACUCUCCCUGUCUCAGACAGAGGUGCUAGAGUUUGGAGUGCCGCUCCUACGGGAGGCUGCGUGGGAGCUGUGGCCCCAGGCCCAGCAGGUAGCCCUGCACCUCGAAUGUGCCUGCUUUCUCCAAGACUUGGCCUGCCGCUGUGGGAGCUGUCAUGGGGGGGACUUUGUCCCCUUCCACCGGUUUGCCAUCUGUUCUACUAAGGGCUCCCGUGGGACCUCCCGGUUCUGUAGCUACAAGGAUACUGGCUCAGUACUAACACAAGUGAUCACAGACAGACUGCAGCUGCCUUCUCCCCACGAUAGUUUCCAGUUCCAGACAAAAGAAUGCAGAAAUCAGGAGGCCUUCACAAGUGAACACUGCAGAACCGAGGAAGAGUUCCUGGAUCAGGUGAACAGGAAGCUGGCUCAGACCUGCCCUGAGGAAGAUGUGUUGACCGCAAAGCCCUGUCACUGUGAGGAAAUCCUGAAGUCAGUGCUCUCACCCCUCACCCGGCAUUGCCUGGUCAUCGGAGAAACCACGUGUGCGUUUUAUUACCUGCUGGAGGCCGCCGCUGCCUCCUUGGACCUGUCAGAUAAUUACAUGGCCUUCUUUUAUUUGAGGAAGGCAAGCAGUCUCCUGGGCCCGCCUUCAGCAUUCUCAUUUUUGAAAAAGCACAAGGCGAAGAUCUGUCAGUUUGAGGAGGCGACUUUCUGCUGUCUUCGGUCACAGGUCUGUUUCAACAUGGGACAGAUCACCCUAGCCAAACAAUUGGCCAGGCAAGGCCUUCGACUGCUGAAAAGGAGUUUCCCUUGGACCUGGUUUGGUGUCCUUUUCCAAACAUUCUUGGAAAAAUACUGGCAUUCCUGUUCCCUCAGCCGACCUUCAGCCAACCCUCGUGAGAAUAAGAAGAAACUGGCGGUCCUGCAGCAGCGGGUGCACUGCCUCUCCCUGCUUCGGCAGCUCUACAGCCUGGAGACCACGGCCAGCAGCCGCAGGGUCGCCUGCCUUGCCACUCUUAUGCAGAAGAACUCUGCUGAGGAGUUUGCAGAUGAAGCCCAGGUUGUCUCUACCUAUGUGGCCCUGUCCCAGUUCUCCCAAAAUAUGGGUGACAGGGACAGGUGGCUUCACUGUGAGCAGAUGGCCAUUCAGAAAAGCAGCCUAUGUUGGUUCUCCAGGGAGGGACUGUUGGCCACAGCCCAGCUCAUGCAGGCCUUGGCCUACACCAAGCUCUGCCUCGGCCAUCUCGACUUCUCCAUCAAGCUGGGUUUCCAAGCUCAUGAGAUAUGCAGACACCUCAAGAAACCAGCCCUGGAGAAUCUGGUUCUCUCAGUUCUCUUCAGAUCUGCAUUUCUGAAGAAGAAAUAUGACCUGUGUGUCCGUGUGCUGGAGAGUCAGUGGGUGCUUAUUUCCCAGGGUCAUGAUGUCCUUGGCCUGGCCUGCUUCUAUUCUGCUUGCUUAGAUCUGCUGCUCUACGGAAAAGGAUUGCUGUGUCGGCCCUUUGGCGAGUGUCUGCAUUUCAUUCAACACUAUGAACACAGCUGCAUUCUGAACUCGCAGAGUAAUGUCAUGCUGGGGGUCCACUCGUCUCUGGCCAUGUGGUUUGCCCAGGACACACAGUGGACUCUGUUUGAGCAGCACUUCUCCAAGGCUCACCAGUUGGUGCAAAGAACCAAUGCCUCACUGUUCGGUUCUCAUGGCUUUGUCCGGUUCCUGGAGUGCCAUGUGCUGAUGCUACAGAAAAUGCCAGAGGGUGUCUUCAUGCAUACUCCCCCAGAGACUCAGGGCCAGACUCUCAAGUACUUUCAGGAGUUCUUCUCUCGAUGUGCGACCUGCCCAGUCUAUCACCAGCGGGUCUCUGAGCUUAAAGCCUCUGUAAUGAGAGAUGGAAAGAGAGAAUCCAUGUCCUUGACUAACGUCAUCAGACCUUUUGACACCUGCUUGACCAGGAUUUGGAUAGAGGGAGAAUUCCUGGAGGAAAACAACUCCUUGGGAGGAAAUUUAGGAAUACAGAGAUUUGACAGAGUGGCUGAUGGCAAGGAGAAUAAAGAUGAAGAAGAAAUUCAAGAAUGUGUACGUUAACAAAAAAAAAUCAUCUGAAGGGACAGUGGUUCUCUUGUAUACAACCCAAAGAAAUGAUCCAAGUUCUCCUUUUUAAGAUAGUGUAUAGUGUACAUAUUAAAUACAGUAGCCUUUUACCCUCACCACUAUGUAUAUCUUUGUCAAAAUAAAAGCCUGUUUCUGAAGCAUGAAAAUGUA